UAUAAAUAGAAAAUUAUAUGUUUGCAGUUUCACAUAGAGAGCUAUUGUCACAAUCUCGAGUUCAAAUGUCGCGAUGCACAGACAUUUUAUCUUUUAAUUAGUAAAAAGUAAAUCACAUAAGCAAAAAGUCAUAUAAAUCAAAAUCUACGAUAUUGAAGCAUUUACAAUGCGCUUGAUAAGAAGAUCGAAAAUACCUAUUUCUACACGAUUAUGACAUUUUGUUGACUCGAUUGUUGACUCUCUCUAUCUUCUGGAAACUGCAGCAUUUAUACUUUCGCGCUUUUAUCUCUCCACACAUUAAUAUGAGAAAGUGGAUUGUUAAUCUAAGAACAAAAUCUGAAAAAAAUCAUAGAUCACAUUUUAUUUUUUAUAGAACUUCUUAUUUUUAUUUACACAUCAUUUAAGCGGUUCGUUGCUCGUUGCUACACGCAAACAAAAGCAAGUCUUCGGGCACUGCAAAGGGCUAGUGGUUUACAAGUACAUUUCCAAUUUGCAGCAUUUUUAAAACUAUCACGGCGGGUGAUGGUUUUAGAUAGUUAGGAUAGGCAGUUGUUUUCAAUGUUCUAGUUUUUGAUUGACUGAAAUUAGGAAAAAAAAAAACAAAUUAGCGAUGAGCGAUGAGGCACGUAUUGUCGAAAAGGGAAAAAAAGAAAAAAGUAAAUUUUAUAUAUAUAUAUAUAUAUAUAUAUAUAUAUAUCAUAUUAAGUCUUUAUUAUAUAUUAUUCUUAAUAUAUAAAAGAUAUUAUUCUAUUCUGAUUUAUGUCUAUUUCAUUAUCUUAUCACAUUAUAUGAUGUAAAUUAUAAAUAUACGUUUUCUACUAUAUGUAUUGUAUAACAAAAUUCAGUUUUUAAUUCUUUCUUUACAUAUAAGUUAUCAAACUCGCAUAUUUGCUUUGCGUUCAGCUAAUAAUAUACGAUUUGUGCAUUUGCGUAAACAAACAAAAGUGUGACGAGUAAUCACACCGAUUAUAUAAUAAUUGGCAUAAACAACUAUUCUUAUUGUAUUAUCUUAUUGCUUAGAGCAAAAAUUGUGUUACUUAUGUACGGAAAUUAACACUUUGAGUGGCAAACACAUUUCAUCUUUUUUCGUUAUUUUUUUGUAAUAAUAUUACAUUUAUAUUUUUUUUUAUCAGGAUCGCGGACAAGUGGAAAUAUCAGGCCAUAUGUUAAAUUUGUCAAAUUUGCACGAAUUGUUACACAACACUCUGUUAAUCACGGAGGAGGUGAAACAGAUAUUGAAAAUGGACUGCGACGAAGCGGCAUUUGUUUUAAAGCCGUGGCAGGUGAAGGACAUUGUUGAAAAACAAAUAGAUGAGGAGGGCAUUUGUAAUUGUAACAAAAUUGCGAGUGAAAACGAAACUGAGGAAAUCGCCGCGGGAAUAGGACGAGCGAUAAUUCUGGCACAGGAAUUGCGGGAAAAGUUGAAACUUAAUGUAGCUGCAUCGAAGAAAAGAUCUUGGAGAAAAGACUCGAUUGAACAUAUUUAUUCAUCCAAUCUUAUGUUGAUUAAUAAUCGCAAAAAAGUAUCGAAAGAUAAUAUUUCAACGCAAAAAGUGAAUAUUGCGAGGAAUUCUGACGCUAAGGAAAUUGCACAAGUUAAGGCCGACAAAAUAACUUGUAAUUUUGCGGCGAAAAAACUUACAUCGCCGAAGCUUAUUGACAAUGCGAAGCAAAGUGAUAUAAUCGAUAAGAAAAUACAAAAUGCAAAAUCGAAAACAUCGUCUACGAAGAUUGCGGCAAAAUUAAAGAGAGAAAAAAAUUUUAUACUUGAAAAUAAAACACACGUUAAAAAGAUAAGUUCAGCAAAUAAAUUACAAGCUGGACGUAAUACUUUUAAUGAUGAUCCACAAAAUUCAGGAAAAUCUUUAACGCCCGAAGCAUCAGCUGCCGAAUUGAACGAUUUAAUAUGCAAAAUUGCAACGCGACAAUCUGCCGAGAGUGCGUUAAUUCCUUCUUUAAAUCAUAAAAUUGAUUGUCCAUUACAUGGAAGUGACGCGCGUCAGUUUAUACAAGAACGGAUUGUAACGAUAGACAUAGUAGAAGCACUGCGAUAUUUUAAUGUACCGAAUGACAUUGUUAAAGUAUUGAGAGCUUAUCAUGCAUUUUUAAAGACUGAAACUGAUGACUCGAAUGAUACUAAGGAGAAUAGAUACAAGAAAUCACGUGAUGCUUUUCUAAAAGAAUUUGAAGCGAUGAAUACAGUUACGCAAGAUUGUUUACCACAAGAGCGUCAUUUGCUUAAAACAGCAGCUGAAUCAAUAUCUAUAUUUAAAAUUUUUAACGAAAAUUUAAAUUUGACCCAACUGAAUGAUAUAAAGAAUAUUCUCCGUCAAUUAGGAGCUUCUUUAAAGCAAUAUAACAUCAAAAAUGUUAUAGAAUCCGCAAUCGAAACACCAUUCUGUAAUUUUUCUUUGGCAAGAGGCUGGAUGUCAAAUGGCAUAUGGAAUAUAUCCUGCAUGGGACAUUUUGAAAAUUUUUCCCGAGCAUACAACAUAAGAUACCGCAAUAGGAAGCAAUUGUUAUCGCUGUACGAAGCGAUACAGAAAUUACAGCGCACAGAAUAUCUGAAUACGUUGAUCAUCAUUAUUUUACGCGAUUUAAUGCCUAUUGUCAAGUCUAACAUUGAGCCUACGAGCACAGAAUAUGCGUUGGCGUACAAAGUGAUGUUUAUUCUUCAUCAGGGUUUAAAUCCCAAAGUGCCAGUUUUAGUGAAAACUGAUUGAGCCAAAUCCUAUGCUACACAUAUAUCCAGCGUUACUAUAGUAACCACCCUGUAUGUACGCUUAAUUGAUAAUAUCUAUUUAUGUUUGCGAAGAUAGAACUUUACCAGAUAAACUGUGAAGAAUAGACGGAAAUAUAUGCAGAGUUGUUUCUUAUA